UUCAAUUUGUUGAUACACCCCUCACUCCCCUUCCUCCCUGUUGAAUCAAGAACCCCAAAUCCCCCGCAGCAGAAGUAAAGACUUUUGUGAAAGCUAUUGAUGGCGUGUACACCCAUAUUUAAUUCUCUUUGAAAAACGUAAAACAAACCCAGAAGAUAAGAAUAUCCACAAAGUUUAUUGUUUCAAUUUUAUUCACAUUUCAUCCCUUUUUUCUGUUCAACGAAACCUACAUGAUCCACCACCUACUGGGCUCAAUUUUGUUUUUCUUUUGGCUUCGUUAUCUGUGAAUCAAUUGUUUUGCUCUUUAUAACUUUAUUUGUGGAUUUGGGUUGGUGUUAAAUCGGAUAAUUGAAGGUUGAAACUUUAAAGUGAAGAAAGAGUGAGAAGGAGGAAGACACAAGAUGGUUAAUCAGAUUGUAUCAAAAAUUGGUUCUUGGACUCGUAACAAGAUCGUUGAUCCUCUUUAUCACAUCCUCCAAAGGGGAGCAGAGCCAAAACUGUUGGCGUUCUCUGCGGCUCUCGGAAUCACCUUUGGGGUAUUUCCCAUAUGUGGUGUCACAGUAUUCCUAUGUGGGAUCGCUAUUGCAUUGUUGGGAUCGUAUUGUCAUGCUCCUACGAUGAUGUUGGCUAACUUCAUUGCUACUCCUAUUGAGUUGAGUCUGAUGAUUCCAUUUCUACGCCUAGGCGAGUUUAUCACUGGUGGACCUCAUUUUCCUUUGACUGCUGAUGCACUAAAAAAGGUCUUCUCUGGUGAGGCUUCAAAGGAAGUCUUGCUCAGCAUUUUCCGUGCGAUGUUGGGCUGGCUUGUUGCUGUACCAUUCAUCAUAGCAGGACUUUAUAUAGUGUUUCUGCCAUGUUUUACGAUCUUGGUUCGUAAGUUCAGUACCCGUCCUCCAAGCCCGAAGACUCUUCUCCAACCCCUUACAGAAGAAUUGGGGGAGUCUAGCAGUUCUGUACUUGUAUGAAGUUCAAUAUUUUUCCCAAAGUUCUUCGCUUGCUCAUGAACUCGCAGCUUCGCCAGAAGUGAUGAGGGGGGGAACUAGGGAAGGCCGACGACUACAUGAGGUGGGGAAGCUUUACCCCUGUAUCUCUUUAUAUAGUCAACGGGUUUAACUGAAUCCAUCAUUUUCGACAUAGAGCACAUACAUCAAUGUGUGUGAAAUAACUUAGUUAAAGAAGUAGUACUAAAUUCUUAACCUAACUUCUGAAGUGUAAUGGUUUCCAUGGUAAGCUCAUGUGGGUUGAACUCGUUAAAUUUAAAUCAUCAACUUGCAUCUGCCUAGCGGUACGUGCUCUCAUCGUCUUUGUCAUGUAAACAACUAGCUUUAUACUUGAUCACAAUGUUAUGAAACAUAAAUUAGUAGAUGUAUUAAAUUUAAAUCCUA